AUCGUCUGGUAACAAUAGCAGUCAGAUGCACCGAGGAAGUACUGUAUGGUAACAAGCUAUGAAAGGUUAUUCCAUAGUGACUGGGUGAGCCAACAUGCAGAGUUUGGUGGUGCAGGCACUUGCCAUGAGGCAGCUAGGAAGGUUGAACCCCCGCCAUCUUCUGGCUGCUGGAUAUGGACUGGGGCAGACUGAAUGGUGUCCCAGGACCAUCCACACACGCCAGCUGUGGGGCUGCUCGGCUUUCCCCGCCCUCGGCUGUCACAGGCCUGCUCACCGUGGCAGAGAUGCUGUCAGGGGGUGGUCUGUUCAUCAUCUGAGGUUUAAAAGCAACAAGAAGAAAGGUGCUGCUAGGACAGCACAGGCGGAUGAGGAGGAAGAUGAGGAGGAGGAGGAGGAUGAUAAAAAAGACCCUGAGGACAGUGAUAAUGAAGAUGAGGUGGAUGAGAACCCAAAUCUACCAAAGGACUAUAAAGACAUGGAGAAAUAUGUGCAGUCUUUUCGCUACGAUGUCAUCAUGAAAGCUGGCCUGGACAUGGCACGCAAUAAAAUUGAGGAUGCCUUCUAUAACAACAAGCUCAGGCUAAAUGGACAGAAACUCAUCAAGAAAAGUAAAACGGUAAAAGUUGGGGACACCUUGGACUUGGUACUGUCUGAAAACCGAGACAAAAACACUGUCACUCUGAUGAGAGUCAUCCUCAAAAGGGUUUUUGGUGAAUCCAGUAACACCGAAAAGUACAAAGUUGCCAUAAGGCGCUGGAAAUGUAUAGAGCUUUCCAAAGACGAUGCCUUAAAACCAUGAACGUGAAUAAGACAGUGUUGACUGUAAUACCAUUUGCCAGUGAAGGCGACAAUAGCUGCAAAAAACGAAUGCUGUAAAAUGAGUGGCAUGGUCUCCAAAAAGUUGGAUUGCGUAUGGUUUUUCAAAGCAGUGAUGUUUCUGUAACAGUUUUCAGUUGUUGUAGACAUUAAAGGGAUGGAUUGGACAUUUUGAAGUGGGGCUGUAUGAGGUAUUUAACCAUAGUGUAUUACCUACAGUUUGGAGAAGCGGGCAGGAGGACUGACACAGAAGCAAAGCAACGUACUGCUGUGGACAGCAAAAACAUAUUUAGCCUACAAAAAAGUAGUUUAGUUUUAGUCUACGUCAUAUUUUCAAUAUUUUCACUAUUUUACCUUGCCGUCAGACAGGCUAUUCUUUGGCAUUGCUGCACUGCAUUUUCUUACAUUUCCAUACAUUGUUCCGCUGUGCCGAGCAGUUCAUUAUGCCGCAGAUCAGCUGUUUGGGUCAGACUUUCAGCGGUUUUUGGAAGACAACAAGUACAAGAAAA